AUGGAUCCAUUUACAGCCCUGGGCGUUGCCGCCAAUGUCGCGCAGUUUGUCGACUUUGGCAUCAGGCUGAUGAAGUCCGCGAACGACAUACGCCACGGCAGUCGGACCAAUACGGGUCUCUUCGAGAUCAGACAGCACAUGGACGAUUUGUCGAUGAUCUAUUCGAAUCUAAAGUCGCAGCUCGGCGGACUCCAGGAUGACCCUACCUUACAAACCUCCGACCAGGCUCUACUCAACCUGGCCUCGGCAUGCAAGAAAGAUGCUGAGGCAUUGCUGUCUUCCUUCGCACCGAUCCUUCCUGACCUGAACACGGCUAUAGCAGCAUCACAAACAGGUAUCGUCAAGAAGAAGAUGCUGUCGGCUGCAAGGCCACACCGGAACGAAGCAGAGAGGCUGUUCACCAGCUUCUGUAUGGCUUUUAUGCUCCUCUGGAAGAGAAAAGAGAUUGCAGAAGUCAUUGAGCGUCUGGAUCGGUACCGGGCCCAGCUCAAUUUACGGACUGUCACCGUACUCAACCAGAAGGCCGAUCGCCUCCUGUCUAAGAUGGACACAUUGGGCACCCAGAAUGAAACACUGUCCGAGAAAGUUGAUGCACAGCGCAACGAGAUCGUCGAGGUCCUCUCGAUCAACAAAUCCAUCUUCUCCACGAUCCAAUCGGUUGCAGCUAUUUUGACCUUUCGGAACGGGACGAAUAUUACCAUUCCUCAAAAGACCGGGAGUCCACAGACUCUCUUUACAGUCCCAAAUCUCAGCUCCAUACAGUAUACGUCCGAGGAGCAUGCAGACGGAACAGAACCUGAUACGAUGGUGCAAGGAAGUCCGUCGCCAUUCAUUGGGCGUGUCGUGGAUGCACUGCAUUUCCGUGAAGAGGAUGACCGACAAGAAGCUAUUGCUGAAGCACACGAAAAGACGUUUGAAUGGAUUUUUGCUGGACAUGCGCGCGAUAACAAUUCCAGCGACUUCAGCCGGUGGCUCCAAUCCGGUCAUGGAUGCUAUUGGAUCAAUGGAAAGGCUGGAUCUGGCAAGUCAACACUCAUGAAGUAUAUAUACCAACAAAAACGAACCUAUGAUCUGCUCGAGCAGUGGGCCAAGGGAGACGAGUUGAUCACUGCCUCAUUCUUCUUUUGGCAUGCGGGCUCUGCUCUUCAAAGGUCGUAUGAAGGGAUGCUUCGGUCUCUGCUGGCUCAGAUUGUCGGUCGGCAACCAUGGCUAGUGCCAGCAUUGUUCCCUGGUCUUUCCCGGCAACUUUUACUGCAACAUACGGACUUCCCCCUUUCCGUUCAUCUCACCAUGCAGGAACUACGCGCGGCUUUUGCGAGGCUCACCAAAUGUCUGUCUCCCACAGUCAGGCUGUUCAUCCUGGUCGACGGGGUGGACGAGUAUUCAGGAGACCACUUCGAUCUUUCCAAGUUAUUCCUCAACAUCUCCAGCCCCGAGAACGUCAAGGUCCUUGUGUCAAGCAGACCUAUAUCUUCCUGCUACCAAGUCUUCUCUCGCUGUCCUGGUCUACGGGUCCAAGAUUUGACAGAAAGAGACAUUCUCAAGUACAUCCAGGACGAGCUCCUUUCCGACGAGCUGAUGCAAGAGAUGGAAGCUCGCGAACCGGGAUUCAGCGCACUUAAGGCAUCGGGCGUGUUCCUCUGGAUCAUCAUCGUGGUCAAAGACAUCCUCGUAGGGCUUGGAAACUACGACCGCAAGGACGAGAUUCUGAAAACGAUCGAGAAACUACCCAACGAUCUGGAGAAGCUCUAUGAUCACAUAUUCAACUCGCUCGAUGCAGAAUAUAAGAAAGACGCGUCGCUGAUAAUCCAGCUGGUGAUGCGAAGCCUCAAGGUGCAGAAAUCUCGUCUUACCCUUCUGCAGUUGUCAUACGCCGAGGUCGGUGAAGACGGUCUCGUCGCCUCUAUUCCCGACUUGACCCCCAAUAUGUAUACCCUGUUGAUAAAGGCUAUGGAGGGCAGGCUACGGAGUCGCUGCCGCGGCCUGGUGGAGAGUAACCACAACCACAAGAGUUCCGGCGGUCCACGCGCCGUGCACUGGGUUAGCUUCCUCCACAAGACCGUUCAGGAGUAUUUGAGCAACACUGCCGUCUGGGAGAGGGUGGUCGGGCUCAACCCGCAGCCCGAUUCAACGCUGGACCACCGAUUGUUGUCAGCGUGUGUCUACGAGCUCCGACAAAAUUUCCCCGUGGUUAAUGUCGUGGACCAACAAUACAAGGCUGGUCUCGUGUACACUUGGUCUAUGACUAAGUAUUUUGGGUCUUUUGGGUCCUGUUUCGAUUAUGCUGCUGCCCGUGCGAGAACAGGCGACCAGCACUAUAUCGAAUAUGCCAAUAAAGCCCUUUUGAUGAUGAUGAACUUCUCGCAACCGGAAGGUCCGGCAUGGACGAUGUAUGCCGAUCUGUGGACCAUCCGUGCGUCAAGUGCGACACAUCUCGAUCAUUGGCUGUCGACCGACGAUCGCUUUGCAUUGUUCGUGAAGUGGACAUACAGUCAAUUCCCAUCGCUUAUCCAGCUCCCAACCGGCAUCUUCAAAUGCGCAUACGCACCUGUUCGGACGGCGUUGAUGAUGUACAUCAUAUGUCGAGGUUUGACGGAGCUCUUCCGUAGAGCCAUUCCAGACUGUGAUCAUGCUAAUGAUAGGUGUAUCAUCUUGCUCUACGCGCUGAUCUUGCUCAUUCGUGGGCGGGAGCUACAAGACUCCGUAGCUCAGUGUAUUGAAAUUCUCCUUGACCAUGGGACUUGCCCUAACCAUUCCAUCCAGCACGCCUGCAUAUUUGGUUGGAAGUGGACCACUUCUAGCGACUUGGGGCCAGGACUUUCACCUUGGGAAUGUUGGCUGACCUGGAUUUCCCACCAGUCCGAAUUUUCCAUGACUGCGCUGGAGGUGACGUGCAAAUUGAUAGGGGCGGGUGCUAGGUUGCACGCCACGACCGAACGUGAAGCCAAGAUACUGGGAGCGUUUGCUUUGUGGGCAACAGAACAACAUGGCACAAUGCACAGUAGCCACGAAAAGUACAAGAUGUUCGAUGAGAUUAUACAGAAACUGAAGGGCAAUGGAACCACCGUCGAAGCUGGCGAGGUUGUUGUAGGGGCCAGAGGUCAGCGUCUCAACGCCAAUCCCAGCGACAAAGGAAUUGUCAAAAAUCGCUUGAAGCUGUUUCGACGCGGUCGCAAUAAACAGAACUCCUGUCGAGCCUUGGAGGCCAAGCAAGUGCAGUUUCGGAUCGAAAGCAGUUGA